AUGAGUGUAGCGAUUGUCACAGCCACCAGCGAUGUUAUACUUGCCAUUGGCUUCCGUAAUUACCCCGUAUUCAUUUGGAAUGCAUUCAAGCGACGGGUACAGGGCCAAUGCAUCGUUGAUGCAAACAACGGCAUCGAUGACAUGGUCUUCAAUCCGAAUCCCGACAUUCCAGUCCUAGUUGUGUCGUACAACGAUGGCAGAUUAUGCCUCUUUGACUAUACAACCACAGCUUUAGCAUUCACAUUACAGAACCAACAUGCGCGAAGCAUUAAAUGCUCCGCCGACGGUCGCAGCUUGGCAACAGGUGGCGGCCAUGGUAUAAUUGAGGUCUUUGAUUUUCAUUGCCACCGAGACGGGAGCUACUGUCUAGCGUCAAUCUACCGUGUCAAUGUUGGAUAUGAAUCCAUCCGCGGUGUUGAAUUGAGCUCGGAUGGGCUACGCUUCGUCGAUAUUUGCGACAAACAGUGCCAGGUAUGGGCACCCGCCGCCCUGGUCAGAAUGGAUAUUGAGCAAGGGAGUAUCAGUGACGCUACAACGGUUGUCAGGAACGAUCCGGAGCUUUCAAACACCAGCGAUGGUUCAGCAUACUCAACUAAGAAGUCCAGCAUCUCUGGCGGCUUAGAAAAGACAGAUAUCACAAGCCCCAUUGUCGCGUCUAAAGACGGCCACUUUGUGAUCGCAGGCAAGAAAGACGGCACCGUGGCAAUUUUUUCCACUGCCACAGGGAACGAAAUUGGGUUGUUGUACCAGCACGCACGAGGGGCUUCGAUCGUGGCAGUCUCUCUCAAUGAGUCCGGCAAUUUGAUUGUUCCAGCCGAUGAUUCUGGUCGUAUCUUGGCAGGAGAGUUGAAGAUGCCAAUGCCGCUUGUUGGAAAAGCUCAACCUGAGCAAAGGUUGCCUACCACUCGCAUUCUUCUUGAUCGUCGCCUAAGCGGUAAUGUCAAGAAUCUUCUCAUAAACCAUAGAGCCGACCGUAUUUAUAUGACAGGAUAUGACGUCAAUGAGCUAUGGGAAUUUCCGUCUGGGAAAGUACUUCUUCGGACAGUCUUAACUCCUGCUCCUGAGGGAAAUCCCUCACUCCAGUCAUCGGUGCCCUCUCAUAUCCCCGACACUGAUCCCCCUUCAUCGAAAGGCAUCUCGGAAAACACAACCAGCCUCGCCUCUUCAUGUUCCCCUUUCCACCAUCCUACUAACCCAGAAUGGUUCGUUAUUGUGGCUGGAGAUCUGUUCCACGCUUUUAAGUGGGCAAAGUUCGAAGAGGUGACACCCCCAGAGGGUCUCCCGCUCAAAACAGCUUUAAUGAGCACAGACUCACCACCAAGUCCGAGAUCAAACUUCGCUCCACAACCCUACAGCUUCUGGCACUCCUCGGAAAAGACCACCUUCCAUAUCGGACCCGGUUUUGUUGUUGAGCUUGUAAGAUCCUCUUCAUCUGCACAACCGCGCCUGUACGUAUGGCCAGCCGAAUCGUUUGACCCGCACAAAAAAGUGGUACCCGCGCAGUCUACUACAUCAACAAAGCUGGAAAGCCUUGGUCGAGAUAUUCUGGCAGUGCUAGGCUUUGCCGGCACGUCAAUGGUGUACCUUGAUACGAGCUUAUGGAUUUGCAGUACCAUCUUGCAGCCAAUACCUAGCGACAAAAUCAGCAGUGUCGACAGUACUCGGCGGCCUCUCUCUGAAACUGAUCCUCGAAGUCAUUUCUUCGCACUGAGUGAGUGGCCUACCGCGACGGGAGAGUUGAAAUGCGCGAUGAUCCCUAGUCAGGUUGCGUCUCGACAGAGCCACAGCCGAGAAUUUGUUUUGUUAGCGGCCACCAUCUUGUGGCAGUAA